AUGUAUCUAUUGCCAGUCUGCUGUACACCUUCGACUCGCAUCGAAGUCCAAAAAGUCAUGCAGUCCGAAGCUGAUCUCACUGAAGCAUUAAACCUAAUAAUUUGGAACAAACGAUUCUUAUCUUUUUUGGGUUUAUGGCCUCUCAAGCCGAAUCAGUUUCUAUUCAUAUUUUUUACCAUAUACAUGAUAAUUUAUUGUAUCAUGGGGGCAGGCCAUUUGAUCAAAAAUUUUGAUCAGCCAGAAGUCGUCGUGGCAAAUUUAACAGAUAACGUACUGUUUGGAAUGAUAUUGGGAAAAUUGUUCAUAUGCAAACGCAACUGCGAGAUAAUGAUCGAGUUUCUGAAAAGCAUCGAAAUCGAUUUCACGGCAAGGAUGUACGACAAUGUUCAGGAGAAAAUGGCGUAUUUAUAUUAUAACAAAAUCGCACUGCUUUUCGUGAAGAUAUCGACAAGUAUGGCAGGGAUAGCAGCCACGAUGUAUUACUUGAGGACAUUUUUCGAAAAUUGGAGCGCGAUUGUAUCCGGUAAUUUUUCGUAUAAAUUACCGUAUCCGGUUCAUCCCUUCUUUGAGAUCAAGGACACUUCUACGUACAUAUGCAUGUGCGUGUAUCUGGCGCUAUGUGUAGCGAUUAUAGUAUGCGGUUAUGCUGGUCCAGAUGCUUUUGUACUCAGCAUGACUCUUCAUGUUUGCGGUCAACUUGCCGUUUUAUCAUGCAAAGUCAACCGUUUGUUAAGAGAUAAUGAGAAUUAUCAUCGCCAUAUUAGUAACAUUGUGAUGAGACAUUACCACCUAAUAAGAUUAGCAGAGAUCUUAGAGAACAAUUUCAACAUAAUAUGCCUACAGCAAACUUUGGGCACUUUAUUGUUGCUCUGUUUCACAGUAUAUCAUAUAAUUUCGACAUCGGCAUAUGGCGAUGAAACUACUCUCCUAGCUUUUGCAUUAUAUGUAUCUUGCGUAAUUAGUACAAUUCUUGGUUAUUGCUAUAUAGGGGAGUGCCUCAUCAUUGAGAGCACAGCAUUACGUGAAGCAUUUUACAAUUCCAAUUGGUACAAUAAUCCUCCAUCAACAUCAAAGUUAAUCAAUAUUUGCAUGGUUCGAUCUGAGAAACCAUUAAUGUUAACUGCCGGUAAAUUCUGUGUAUUAUCAUUGAAUACGUUUACGAGUAUUGUAAAAACAUCGAUGGCGUAUGUAUCUGUGUUACGCAAGUUUAUAUAA